ACAGUAUAGUCUCGUCAGUCGCGGUGAAUAUUUCUCUGAUCCAAAAGCAAUAUCAAAUCCAAUAUGAAAUAUUUUGCAGCUUUCGCACUGCUCUUUUGUCUUUUGGGAGCUGCUACGGCCCAAGUUAAAAAUCCUAUUUGCGCCGAGGAGUUCGCUUUAUUGGGACCCUGUCGUGGGCUGCUUCCGAGGUGGUCCUAUCACCAGGAUACCAAUGAGUGCAGCAGAUUUUCGUACAGUGGCUGCCAGGGAAGCAAAAACAAUUUCGACACCAAGGAGCAAUGCGAGCAGUCCUGCAAAAAUUAGGAUCUCUCUCUAAACCGUGCAGUCUUUACAAUAAUUGUGUUCAUUGUUAACUUUUUAAAUUUUUGUUUUAAAAUGUUUGUGGCGAAAAUAAAACUCUGACUUACAAACUCUUA